AUAUAUAAGUACGACAUGUCGCAAUUUACUCGACAAAAACCAACCUCUCCAGCGGAAAUCCAAUACGCGCGACGCUCCGCCGCUAUAGCCUCGGCGAGACAGAGACGAUCAGCACCGGCGACGGCGAUGAGGCCCACAGCGAUGGAAUUCUUCGGCGACAUGGACGACCAGGCCUCCACCAUGGCCAUGGACGUCGACGACAUCGACGCUCUCGAGUUCGGCGGCGACGGCGUCAUCGGUGAUAACAAGCUCGCCGACGUCGACUUCUUCAACUCCUUUCAGAACGACUUCGACGAGUCCGACAUGACCGACUCCGCCGCCGCCAUGUAAUGCUCUGAUUUUGACUCUGAUGUGAUUCUAGGGUUUCGAAAACUGUGAUUUUGGGGAUUUAGGGUUCCGGUACUUAUGUUGUGGAUGGUUAUAUAAUAUAUAUGUGAGUAUGGAUUUUGUA